CGCCCUCUCCCCAUCAUCGGCAACCUCCACUCUCUAUCCCCUUUCCCUCACCGCGACGUAUCCAACCUCACCAAAACCUACGGCCCCAUCAUCCACCUCCGCCUCGGCUCAACCCCCACCGUCUUCAUCUCCUCCCCUUCCCUCGUCGAACGGCUCUUCAAGAAUCACGACGUGGCCAUCUCCGAUAGGUCUCCGGCCGAGGCACAAGAGAUUCUGUCGUAUGGACGCAAAGGGUUUGGGUUUAGUGAGUAUGGGAGUUAUUGGCGCAAGGUUCGGAGGAUUUGUGUGAAUAGUUUGCUUAGUAAGAGUGGACUUGAGUCGUUUGAGCCCGUUAGGAGAGAGGAGAUGCGGAUUUUUGUUGACUCGUUGAAGGAGGCGGCUGCUGAUCGAGCUGUGGUUGAUGUCACAGCAAAGGUGCGGUUGCUUGUUGCCGAUAUUGUGUGCAGGGUCGUGAUGGGGAGAAAAUGCAUGGAAGAAAACAUGGAUGGUGGAAAGUUGAGUGAGCAUUUUGAUGAAGUGAUGAGAAUUCUUGGAUCGUUCAAUCUCAACGAUACUUUGCCUUUCCUCCGGCCGUUCGAUCUCCAAGGGAUCAGAAGGAGGACGAUGACGGUGAGAGAAAAGAUCGACCGGUUUCUCGAGAAGAUCAUCCACGAGCAUUUACAAUCGAGGGAGGAGGGGAUGAAGGAGCACAAGAAGAAUGAUUUUGUGGAUGUCUUGCUUGACGCUAUGGAUGAUAAGGAGAAUUUGGAGUUGGAGCUUGAUAGGAGCAGCAUCAAGGCAAUGCUUUUAGAGGUGUUUUUAGGUACCCUGGACACGUCUUCUGAUGCCAUCGACUGGGCCCUCGUAGAGCUCCUGAGGCACCCCACGACCAUGAAGAAAGCCCAAGAAGAGUUGACGAGGGUCGUGGGCCCACACCGGAUGGUCGACGAGGCAGACCUAUCGAAGUUGCCCUACUUACAAAUGGUAGUCAAGGAAUCGCAUAGGCUCCACAUGUUAGCUCCGUUUACGUUCCGUCGCGCGAGGGUCGACGUAGCUCUUGAUGGCCACACGAUCCCGGCCGGCUCUAACGUCCUGAUAUGCAACUGGGCUAUGGCCCGGGAUCCAGACUUCUGGCCCGACGCCGAGGAGUUCGUACCCGAGAGGUUCGAAAGCAGUAGCCUCGACGUGAAAGGCCACGAUUUUCAGCUUCUUCCGUUUGGAUCAGGCCGGAGAAUUUGUCCCGGGGUUGGGUUUGGGCUCCUUUUCGUGCCGUUGGUGCUGGCACAGCUGGUUCACUGCUUUGACUGGGAGCUCCCCGCGGGCGCCUCGGCUUCCGGGUUCGAAAUGAAGGAGAAGUACGGGUUAACUAUGCCUAGGGCUGUGCAUUUGGACGCUAUUCCGGUUCGUCGCCCGGCCGGUGGUUAAUUUAGGUAAAUAAUCGUGUAUUAAUUAAUGCAAAAUGUUGUGGUUUAGUUUGGUGUGAUGGCAGCUCAUGUAUCUGUAAAUAAAUGUUGUAGUUUAAUUUGGUGUGAUGGUAACUCUUGUAUCUGUAAAGUCGUAUAUAUUAAUUAAUGCAUGAGGCUGAGGUCUCUGAUCUCUUGCAGGUCUCUUGGAUGUUUCAUA